UUACUGAAUUCAUUUUUCUUUUAAUAUUAUUAGUAUAUAUCUAAUUACUUUUUAUUAUUGUAUUCCCAAUAUUUAGAUGAUUGUGUAACGCAACCAAAACACUAAAGUUGCCUAAUUGUAGCUGUAAGAGAAAAUUCUUUGAUAACACAAGAGAAAAUAGAAGUUGUAAUAACUUUUCCGUAUGGAUACCAUGCUGGUUUUAAUCAUGGUUUCAAUAUGGCUGGAUCAACAAACUUUGCAUCGCCCCGUUGGGUAGAAUACCGAAAAAGAGUGACACUAGGAAGUUGCCGCAAGCACAAUGUAAAAAUUGACAUGGCAACCUUUGUGAGACGUUUACAACCUGAAAACUAUGAAGACCGGCUUAAUGGAAGAUAUUUUGGUUGCCAUCAAGAAGACGACACUUCUCGAAGUACAAUUGAUGACAAAUAUAAUAAAGAAAAAUGCAAAAAUGAAUUAUCAAAAAAAGAACUAUAUGAAUCACAAUCGAUAAAUUCGGCUGAACUCAAGUAUGUAAAUGUGCAUUUGUUUAAUUUAAGUCUGUAAGGUUUGAUUAUAAUUGAAUAUUGCUAAAUAUUUUGCACGGGGUGUCGUGUUCAACUUUUCUCAAAAUGACAUGAUAUCGUUUAGACAAUUGAUUUCAUACGAGCUAACAGUGAAAAGGUUAGUGGAUGGUUACAUGUUGAUGGAAUGGAUAUAAAUUCGUUCAUCAUGAGUGUUAUAAACUCAUGAUAAGAAAAAAAACUUUGUUUCUUUUGUCACUGGGAGUGAAUAUAACAAUGUAUGUUUGAGUAGAUUAAAAAUAGUUUA